AUGAAUCUAAAUGGAAUAGUGAAACGUAGUCGGACUAACGAAAAUCAAAACUCAACAAGCCAUGUCGCACUUGAUCAAGAAGUUGACUACAUAAGUCAAGUCCCUGCUGGAAUUUUAUUCUAUAUCUUAUCUUUUCUACCAUUCGAGUAUUGGAUAAUACUCGGAAUGGUUUCAAGAAAGUGGACAUAUCUUUUGAGGGAGGCCCCAAUUUUGAUUCUCGACGAGGAUUAUAUCCUUAUCAAAAUGGCAAGAAUUCAACUUCGACAUAUGUUACAUGGAGAGGUUUCUAUAAUUGGUAGAAAUAAAAAGAACAAAAGGAGGUACAUAAAGUUUGUGGACCACACUCUUUUACUUCACUCGGGUUGUCUCAUAAAACUCAUGUAUCUAAAUUUUGAAUAUGAACCUAACAAUCAAAAUGAUUCAAUGAUCAACAAUUGGGUUCACUUCAUGAUGACAAGAGAUAUACAUGAUCUAGUGCUGAACUUCUCAACCAACCCAAAAUUGAACUUUGAGUUGAAAUUUCUGGCAGUGAAGCGCACAAAAUCCGAAUCAACUUAUGAACUUCUUGAUAUGCCUUAUGAGCCCAAAUUUAGAGGUUUGACUUUGAACUCUUGCAAAUUCAAAGCAUCGUCUUUUGUCGCAUUUUCCAACUUAAAGAGUUUACAUUUGUCCCAUGUUGAAGUGUUUGAUAGUUCGAUUGGAGAACUACUUUCAAAAUGCCCGUGUUUGGAAGAUUUGCACAUGGAUAAUUGUAUUGUGCCAGAAAGUUUUUUCAAGUGUGAAAAUGACUUGAAAUUAAAAAACUUAUGCUUGGUAAAUUGCCUAACGGAGAAUUGGUAUAUGUUCGAGAUUGAUAUAUCAGUUCCAGAGCUCUUGAGCUUUUUGAUUAGAGGAAAAUACCUCAUGACCUCAACCAUAAGAAAAGCAACCAAAUUAGUUGACAGCAUGGUUUACAUCGAACAGGAGUUUUCUGAUUUUCAACAAGGGAAUCUUUUAGCAAAGUUUCUUAUCGGUAUGAAACAUUGCAAGAUUCUAACAUUAAGCAGUUGGUGUAUUCAAGUGCUUUCGACGAUAGAUUAUGUGUUGUCCUAUCAACUGCGAGGAUUAUUAACAAAUUUGAAGGAGUUGAAUCUCUCAAUUGGAUGUUCAAAACAAGAACUGCCUGGAAUGGUUACCAUACUACAGUCAUGCCCUUAUCUUGAGAGCUUGAUUAUGGAAUUUGAUUGGAUCGAAGACAUUUAUUGGAUGGUUGAUGACAGAAAAGUGGAACAUCUACCCGAAGUUUUUCACUUUGAAGAGGAAAAAUAUUUUGAGACUCCAAAGCCAUACAUUCGUUUUCUGAAGAACUGCCUCAAAGAUAUUCAGUUAAAGAAGUAUAUGGGCGAAGAAAACGAGAUACGAAUAGUGAAGUAUUUGCUCCAAAAUGCACUUGUAUUAGAAGAUUUGGUGGUCUAUGUAAAUUCUUCUGCAGAUAUUUAUUCAGAAUGGCAAAACUAUUUCAUCGAGUUUGACGAGGAAAUGAAUUGGCAAGAACUGCGGGAUUUACCAAAGGCAUCAACCAAUGUCAAGUUGUAUGUACUAGAAAAUUAA